ACUAUGGGAGUCAAUGGGUGUUGAGAUCUGUCUGGUUAUAAGCAUUCUUCCAAAUAUCUUUCUCUGUGUUCAUCAGAACAAAGACAUUUAUACACAUUUGGAUCAACUCGAAGGUGAGUAAAUGAUGACAGAAUUGUCAUUUUGGGGUGAAGUGUCCCUUUUAAUAGAAGUGUAGUGUUCAAUUCUUAAAGUAACUGUGUUUGAGUCGUUGUGGAGGGCAUUUGUCCUAUCUGUGUUGACCACAUGAAUGAAUAUUUAGGGUGUGGUUUAUCACUUCUGUCAGACGUUUGCUUCGCUCUGUGUAAGUGAAUGUGUUUACAACUGUUACGUGUUGUUUGUUGAGCAUGAAGCAGACUGGAUGUUCUCUGAGGAGAUCUUCAGACAGAAUGCAAACGCUCCUUCUCAUUCUCCUAGCAGGUUUUUCUGUCUGGUGUCCAGUGGCAGGUGUUAGGCUUGAUAAACCUCAUCUUUCUGGUCCUUCCGCCGCAUUAGAAGGUUCAGUGGAGAUCUUCACCUGUAAAAUGGCCUGGAUUCCCUCAAACGUGUCUGUGGUCCUCAAGCUUUACGUUGAGAGAAAUCUGAACAAGUUCAUUAGUGAACACAUAGUAAACUAUGAAGAACCGGCAGUAUUCCCUCUAUUGGUCACUGAGAAACAUGAUGGUCGACUCAUCUGUGAAGCCAGUGGAAACAAUAACACGGAGAUUGAAAGCACGUUCAGUGACAGCCUGGACUUUCAAGUCAUAUCUCCGGUGGAGGGAGCCACGAUCGUUUCUCAUCCGUCCAGCGAUGACCUGUGGGUGGGACAGACUUUGACCCUGCGGUGUGACAUCACUAGAGGAACACACGUCUCUUAUGAUUGGCUACAGAAUGGAACGCCGCUUCACAGCGGUCUCCGCGCGUCCAGACUGACCAUUCCCUCUCUCUCUGUUCAUCACACGGGAGAUUAUCAGUGUGUCGCAUCAAACCGCUUAAAUGACACCGCCGUGUAUAACUCCAGCAGUGAUGUCAUGUCUGUGCAGGUCAAAGAACACGUAUCAAAGCCUGAAAUCUCUCUGGAUGUUCUGAAGAGCGCUGCGGGUGAUUUAUCAGUGAUCGUCAGAUGUCGGUGUGAUACAGGAACGCCUCUCAAUACCUUCAGUCUGUUAAAUGACACAAACAUCAUCGUCACGGAAACCACGGACAGACUUCAGGCUUUCUUUACUGUGUCCGUUCAGCUGAAUCGAGACAUGGGCUGGGUGCGAUGUAACGCCAGUAACCACGGCAACUGGAUGCUGAGCAACGCAAAGAAUCUGAGCGUGGAGUCUGUAGGUGGCGCUGUGACGGUGACUCUCUUCAAACACGUGGCUCGAGACUUCCAGGUGUUUGGUGUGGUGAUGCGCUGUCAGGUGGAGCGAGGAACGUUUCCGCAGUAUCACUGGUUUCUGAAUAACAGCAGACUGGAGGGCAGAGGGGCAUUCUACGCUGUGGGUGGGACACAAAACUCGUCUCUCUCUCUGUCUGUGGGUCCACACAGCUCCGGCUUCUAUCACUGUCAGGUUUCAGACACAUUCGACAACGCCAACACAGUCAGAAGUCUAAAGACACUGAUCAACAGAGACGUGCUGAACAGAGUCUCUACUUCAGUGCUGGUCGUUGUUUUCACGUGUUUGAUUCUGCUGAUGGUCUCUGUCACCUCCUGCUGUUUUUAUGGAGCUGUCCUUAGGAGAACAUAUUCGAGGAAAUAUCUACUGACUGAGCGACCUGGAGAAGCGUACGUCACAUCUAAACGUGAGGAUGAUGAAGAAGAUUAUCUAAUGCUGUCGGGUUAUGAGGAAGAUGUCAUCCACACUGAAAGAACGAGCGAUCUUCAUUCUGAGGAGGAUGAGUCGUCGGUCGAUGAAACCGUCGUGUAUGAUGGAGCUGUCUCAAAAUAAUUUCACAAUAAUUAAUCUUUUUUUGCCUGAGUUUGGCUGUGGUUCUCCUCACACACACACACACACACACACACAAGCAAGCACACACACACACGCACACACACAAGCAAGCACACGCACACACACACACACACGCACACACACACACAAGCAAGCACACACACACACACAC